UUGUUCCACUUCCCUGACUUUGCACUUAGGGCCUGGGCACUCGUAGGAAUUAGGGGCAGGCUGGGGUUAAAGCUGAAACCCAUCUGCACAGACAUAUUUUAUGUUCUAUUAACAACUUUAUUCCCCAGGAGAAUGUGUCCCUCUCCACCCCUCUUUAGUUCACCCUUGGGUUUAUAUCCAAAGAUCUCACAAUAUCUUCUUUUUAUGGGUAGAAACAUACCCUGGCAAUCUUCACGCAAGAGGCCUGAAGAGCACUAUUAAGAGCCCAGAAUUCUGUGCCCCAGACUGGCCCCUCACUGCUGCUUGGCUGCUUGCCUCCAGAAGGCAGAGCAGGAAUGGCUGCAACACUCUUAACCCCCGGGAGUAAAUGGGGAGGCGGGUCUCUCUGUGGAAGGCGAGCGGUAGGGUCCUGUCUGACCCCAUACAUCGUUUGGAAUCCGAGCGGGACGGCAAGCCCCUGUCGGGGCCUGGGAGGUAUGUUUGAGCCCAGUUGCAACUCCCUGAGAAACCUCCUGCGCUCCAAGGGGGCGCCUGCACUCACAUCAGCGUAACGUGAGGGACCUCUGGGUGUCAGUUCUAGCCCUCCAGCGUGCCUCAGUUUCCCGGUCUGCGUCGGGGGCCACUACUUCUCAGGACCGAAAAGCGCAGCAGGAACAGCUUCGGGCAGACGGAACGACACCUAAAGCUGAUACGACUGGGAUCGCAGCUUUCGGUUCCUCUGCGGGAAGUGAGCCGGAACCAGCAGGGCAGAAGGAGGAGCCCCCAGAAUCUCUGAGGGCCAUCAGUCCGUAGCCGGGAGGCAAAGCACGACAAGACUCAGAUGUCGGCGGACCUGUCCGGAGGAUGGGCGGUCGGUUUGCGCUCGGCCCGACCCCGAGGGCGGUCAGGUGCAAGGGGGCGGGGGCUCCCCGCCUCGGGCUGCGGAGCCAGGGCGGGCCGGCCGGCGGGGCAUUUAAACCACGCUGACUGCCCACUUGGGACACGCGCCCGGCUCUGCGCCCUCCUGCGUCCACCCUCUGCGCUGCGGGUCCCUGCUGGGCAAGAUGCGAUCUUCCUUGGCUCCGGGUGUCUGGUUCCUCCGCGCCUUCUCCAGGGACAGCUGGUUCCGAGGCUUCAUCCUGCUGCUCACCUUCUUCAUUUAUACAUGUUAUCAUAUGUCCAGGAAGCCCAUCAGUGUUGUCAAGAGCCGUCUGCACCAGAACUGCUCAGAGCUGAUCCACCCCAUCAACGACACCCACAGUCUCAAUGACACCACGUGGUGCAGCUGGGCUCCAUUUGACCAGAACAACUACAAGGAGUUACUGGGGGCUGUGGACAAUGCCUUCCUUGUGGCCUAUGCCAUCGGCAUGUUUAUCAGUGGGAUUUUUGGGGAGCGGCUCCCCCUCCGUUAUUACCUUUCAGCUGGAAUGCUGCUCAGCGGCCUUUUCACUGCGCUCUUUGGCCUGGGAUAUUUCUGGAAAAUCCACAUGCUCUGGUACUUUGUGCUCAUCCAGAUCUUUAAUGGACUUGCCCAGACCACAGGCUGGCCCUCUGUGGUGACCUGUGUUGGCAACUGGUUCGGGAAGGGAAAGCGGGGGCUCAUCAUGGGCGUCUGGAAUUCCCACACAUCCGUGGGCAACAUCCUGGGCUCCCUGAUCGCCGGCGUCUGGGUGAAUGGGCAGUGGGGCCUGUCCUUUGUGGUGCCAGGCAUCAUCACCGCUGCCAUGGGCGUCAUCACCUUCCUCUUCCUCAUCGAAUACCCAGAAGAUGUGGACUGCACCCCUCCUCAGCACCAUGGUGGACCAGAAGAGAAGGAGGACAACCCUGAGGACCCUGGGAAUGGGCCCUACUCUAGCAGGGAGAGCAGCCUGGACACUGCUACCAGAUGCUCCAAGGAGCCAAGCACUCAGCCUGCUGCCAUCAGCUUCCUUGGAGCACUCCGGAUCCCGGGCGUGAUUGAGUUCUCCUUGUGUCUGCUCUUUGCCAAGCUGGUCAGUUACACCUUCCUCUACUGGCUGCCGCUCUACAUCUUCAAUGUGGCUCACUUUGGUGCCAAAGAGGCUGGGGACCUGUCUACGCUCUUUGAUGUUGGUGGCAUCAUAGGUGGCAUCGUGGCGGGGCUCAUCUCUGACUACACGAAUGGCAGGGCCACCACUUGCUGCAUCAUGCUCAUCUUGGCUGCCCCUAUGAUGUUCCUCUACAACCAUUUUGGCCAGAAUGGGAUUACCAGCUCCAUAGUAAUGCUGAUUGUCUGUGGGGCCCUGGUCAACGGCCCUUAUGCGCUCAUCACCACUGCUGUCUCAGCUGACCUGGGGACUCACAAGAGCCUGAAGGGCAAUGCAAAGGCGCUCUCCACGGUCACGGCCAUCAUCGACGGCACAGGGUCCAUAGGUGCGGCUCUGGGGCCUCUGCUGGCCGGGCUCAUCUCCCCCACAGGCUGGAACAACGUCUUCUACAUGCUCAUCUCUGCUGAUAUCCUGGCCUGCUUGCUCCUCUGCCGGUUGGUAUACAAAGAGAUCCUGGCCUGGAAGUCGUCCAUGAGCAGAAACAGAGGCUCUAGUCUGGCCCUAACCCACCCGCUGUAGUAUUUUCCUCAAGUCUCACGACUUUUAUAUAAAGAAAUAUGAAGCCCUGAUUUGAAGAGAAGUCUGGAGGGCUCCACCUGGGUCCCAAAGUGCUCCCCCUGGGCAAUGGAAACUGCCACCGAUGGGUGAGGCAAAGCCUCUUAACACCAGCCGGCUCGGCCCAGCCCGGCCCACAGGGCUGUCAAGGGACCAGGAGAUUCUCCAUGGAAAGGGGACUGCCAACAUGAGGAAACGGAAGACUCAAGGGCCUGAGCUCUGGAAGCUGCCAGCAGAAGGUCUGGGGAUCAGAGCUGAGUGGUGUCUCAUCUUAGUAAUGGAUCUGCUCAGACUCCUGCUUGUUCAGAUUCCAAGACAGAAGGCAGAGGCAUGACAGGGCCAAGGCCUGGAAAAGGACUGUGUCUCCUUCCCCUCUUCAGUUUGAGCCUCUGUAAUCAGCCUGUCCCUGUAGGUAGGUAGAUCAGGUACCUGACCCUGUCUCAGAGCUGCCCAGCCUCUCUUGGUCCCCUUGUCCACAAGCCAGCUUUCUCUGUGUUUCCCCAAGUUGGACUCUGCUCUUUUACCCUCCAUCUGACCCUUUUAUGGCUCCUGGCCCACUGGCUUGCGGUUUUAUUGCUGUAUCCUCCAGGGCCAGGCCUAGGGUGAGGCAAGGGAAGUGUCACUCUUAGGCUUGUGCCCGUGCCAUCCCUAAUAGGGUGGGCCUCCCUUGCCUCACUCUCGAUCCAGCCCUCUGAGUCCUUCAUGGAGGAUGACAGAUCAGGGCAUUGCUGUGGGGUGGGGCUGGGGAGUGGGGCCAUAUAAAAAUACCAGGGUAGGGGUUAAGUAUUUUGAUAAUGAAAGGUUACCAAGUGCUCAUGUCUGCCAGCUCUACUCAAGGAAUGGAGUAGACAAUGGACACAGGAAAAGACUUACACUCUGAGCAUAGGUGCCAGGGUGACAAGACUAGCAAGAAAGGAGAAUCCUCCUGAUUCAUUCAGGCGGGUGUUGCCUGGGGUUCUCUGCAGCCGGCCUUUCUCCCCUGUGUUCCUGAUGUACUUUUUCUGGCCUCCCCCAAUCCUGGAGUGGUGCAUGCCAGACCAGCUCUUGGCAUUUCUGGCUGACCUCUGAAGCCGCCCGUCGGCAGCAAUACAGAUUUCCUUUGCCAGCUG